GUUUUCACUAUGUUCAGCGUGGGUCUUAUUUACAUUAUGUACAGAUGUUUUGAUCAAGGUAACAAAAAAAGAUUAUACACGUGCUUCGUCCUCGAGAUUAGUAUACUUACCUAUUUAUAUUAAACCUAACUUUAUAACAACACUAUGUAGUAACGCCUAGCGUAGCCACUUUUGCACUUAGUUUAAAUUUAUUUAUCACUUCCGGUUUGAGAUUAAAAUCUUCAAACGGAAGUGAUACAACUGACGGUUUCUAUUAAAAGAUUAAAAAGGAACCGGAAACACGAUUUUCCCCCUCCAACCGACCCCGCCUCUAAGAGACACUGUGGCGCUCUCGCCAUUCGCAAACUAGUGCUCAGCCACUUCGCACGCUUCAUUCCAAAAUGCCGAAAAGAAGACAUGGAGAUACCAUCGAAUACCUAGCAAGCAAAUUGAAGAAACUUGAAAAGAAGAUGAAACACUCAAAAAGACGAACGACGCUUUCGGAAUCAUCUACCAGUACGUCGAGUUCAGAAAGUUCACCCGCAAGCUCACGAAGUUCUUCACCAGCUCCACAAACCCUGUUGGCGUUAUCCCAAGAUCGGAACCAGCGGAAAGAAGCCUCUUCAAUGGGUCCAGACCCUGCCAUGCCCAUACCUGCCUCGGUAAACGAACCUGUCGCCGGGACAUCGGACAGUGUGCCCGCGACGCAGCCUCAAGAAGCCGCGAGUGUUGAAGUUACGCAGACUCCUGCAAGCUUGGACACGGGCUUGGACCCUGAAAUACUGGAUAUAUUGGGCAUAGAUCCGACCGCUACCGUGGAAUACGGACCUAAUAUAAACGAAGAGUUAGCUAACCGCCUCAAUUACAUGGCCACAUCGGGUCUUGAUAAAGACACUCGCAAGGAGUUAUUACAAAAAUAUCUCGUACCCGCAAAUUGCAAAAACUUAUCUGCCCCUCAAAUGAAUCCGGAGAUAAAAGCCGCAACUCCGGAGUACGUGCAGAAGCGCGAUAAGUCGAUCGAAAUCAACCAAAAGGAAAUUGCAGCAGCUAUCACAUGCGUUGGGCAAAUAAUAAAUGCUCAAAUCAACAACCCUGCCCGAGACAAUGAACUAGUUAAAAGUCUCAUGGAUGUCGGCAGAAUCCUAUGCGACGUCCAAUAUUUGCAGUCUAGUUCCAGACGAAACCACGCACUCUAUUCUCUGAAAAAAGAAUUACGAGAACAACUAGCCAGUACCAAGAUAGAUGGAUAUUUAUUUGGACAAAAUCUAACCGAAACCCUGAAAACAGCAAAAGCCGUCUCCAAAUCGUCUUCAGAUUUGAAGGCUGACUCCGCCAAGAAACCCAAGCAAGACAAGAAUUUAAACCGCAAGUCGGGCACCGGGAAUCGUCGGGCGGCGCCGGGCCCGCCGCGACACCAGCCGCCUGCAGCUCGAGCGACGACGAGCUACCAGCCGCCGCCGCCGCCGCCGCCGCAGCCAGCGCGCGGCCACUACUCGACCGCGUCGUCCUAUCGGCGCAGGGAGACGAGGAGGCGCUAGCCGCCGACGAGCGGGAACAUUCGCCACAACCUUACCCUGGAGGCCGCGCUCUUAUCCGCGCGGGGUUCCUACGGAGAGAUGUCCCGCUAGCUGCCAUAGAUGUCAUGAUGGCAUCCCUAUCAGAGAACACUUUAAAACAGUACGAUUCCUGUCUGAAAAAAUGGUUUGCCUUCUGCAAUGAAAAUAAAAUUGAUAUGUAUACACCUAAUAUUCCGAAUAUAAUUCAAUUUCUUACCGAUGUCUUAAAUACUGGCAGUCAAUAAUAAUAAUAAUAAUAACCACGAUAUAAUAUAACGUGGGAUGCAAAUACAGUUCUGGAUUACUUAUCUUCCUUGUAUCCAAAUGACGAAAUUACUUUAGAAAAGCUUUCGAAAAAAUGUGCAACUUUGUUGGCUCUAGUAACCGGACAUAGAGUUCAGACUCUAUCAAAAAUAAAAAUUGAUAAUUUAGUACAACUAGAAAAACAACUUGUAAUCAAAAUUCCAGACUUGAUUAAAACUUCCAGGCCUGGUUCUAUGCAACCAACAUUACACUUGCCUUUUUUUGAAAAUAGAGUCUCUAUAUGUCCGGCACACACUCUUAAUUCAUAUAUAAAUAAAACUAAGGAUAUAAGAAAAUGUAAUACCUUGUUCAUUAGUUUUAGAAAACCGCACAUGCCUGUUUGUUCUCAAUCAUUAAGCAGGUGGAUUAAAUCCACAAUGCAAGACAGUGGAAUUGACGUCUCAAUUUUUUCCGCUCAUAGCACUCGUCAUGCAUCAACAUCACUCGCACACAGAGACGGAGUCAAUAUU